CUCUCUCCGUUCAUAACCACAGUUCGCAGGGCUGCUUCACUGUCUCCUUCAUCAUGUCCUGGACUUAUCUGGUCUUCCUUUCUCUGCUUGCCACCCUCCUCACGUUAUUCAGUGGGGUGGAGAGUGCCUCGAUGAGAGAUGGAAAAGAUGGAGAUAUAACAGCUGCAGAGCACCAAGGUCCAGGGAAAAGAGUCUUCAUGCUCCAGGCGGAUGCAGCAAAAUUCUUAAAAAUGCGUAGUAGGCGCUCGACCAAACAUGAGGCAGAGAUCCUAGCUGAACAGAGGGUGAGGCUGUCAGCUGACGAGCGAAGGAGGGAGUACUAUGAUGAGCAGAGGAACGAGUUUGAGAACUAUGUGGAAGAGGAGCGUGAUGGUAAGGCCGAUGAAGUCCGUUCCAAGGAUGAGGCUAAAACCAUAAAGCAGGAUGAAAGAACACGGGAGAAGACAGAGCAGUGGCGUGAGUUCCACUAUGACGGACUCUACCCCCGUUAUCCUCGUGGUUGGUGAGCAUGUUCUGUAGGACUCAGAGACCAAAACAUAGAGCACCAGCCUGAGAUAGGCUGGACCCUGUGUCACUCAAAACACCUAGCCUAAGAAUCUAGCCUAAAAAUGUAGCACAGGAGAUAGCGAAAUGAUCAGUUGCCUACAAGUAAAUGAUUUAUGUAGAAAACAAGUUAAUUUAAAUAGUAAUAUUAAGUAGAUGCAUUUACUUUUGUGUUUACAUUUUUCUAAUGUUGUAGCAAGUCAAAUUGGAAAAUGAGUUGGUGUAUUACAAUACAUGCUUGUUCUAAUCUUCCUGUUCAAUAUCUGUGUUAUACUCAGUUGAGAAAAUGUCUGUAUCUUUCACACCAGUCUGACAAACUGUAUUGACUUUCUGGAUUGAAACCAAACUGUACAAAAAAAUUUAAACAUAAAAUCUCUACUGUAAUUCCAAAAAAAGAGACAAAUAAAGACAAUACAAAGAUCUACA